UCCGAAACGUUGUGUGAACGGCGCCACUAAGCAGAAACUUUUACAGAAUACUUAGCAGUUUGAGUGUUUUAUGCGUCUGAGACUUGAUGAUUUGUGUGUGAAUUUUACAUCGUAAGUAAUCUGGCAGAAGAUACAGGCAGAAUAAAAAGAAGAUGUCUCUUCCAAAGCGGGAGGUGGAGGAGUUAAGGCCAUGGGUGGAGCGCACUGUGAAGAAAGUGCUUGGUUUCUCAGAGCCCACUGUGGUCACUGCAGCUUUGCACUGUGUUGGAAAGGGACUGGACAAAAGGAAGACCAUAGACCAGCUGCGUCCCUUCCUUGAUGACUCUGCUGGAGGUUUUGUGGAGCGUCUUUUUGAAGCGCUGGAGGAAAGCCGUAGUGCCCGUGGCAACAAAGGAGCAGGAGAAAAGAACCGCAAGAGAGACUUGAAGGAUGUGUUUGGUGAUGAAGCUGACACAGGUGCAAUGCGAGAAACUCAGGAGCCAGGAGAUGGAACAGUGGCGAAGCGGAAACGGGUGCCUCGCUUCGAGGAGGUGGAGGAGCCUGAGGUCAUACCUGGACCGCCAUCUGAGAGCCCUGGCAUGCUUACAAAAAUGCAGAUCAAACAGAUGAUGGAGGCAGCCACAAGACAGAUCGAAGAGAGGAAGAAACAACUGAGUUUUGCCUCUUCAGUCCCUGCUGCACCACGGUUGCCCCUUCCUACACCACAGUCACAAAUGGAAUCCUCUCCAGUAUCGAGGCUUCUUGGCACCUCCACUGCUGCAGCUGCUGGUGGUGCCUCAUCCAUCGCCCCCUCCCAGGCCGCCAGCUUCAUGAAUGAUGCUAUCGAGAAGGCCCGCAAGGCUGCUGAGCUACAGGCGCGCAUCCAGUCUCAGUUAGCCAUGAAACCUGGUAUCCUCGGAGCUUUGGGGAACACUGGGCCUCACAACCUAGUGGCACUAGCUAAUCUACAUGCCAUGGGAAUUGCUCCACCGAAAGUUGAAGCCAAGGAGGUGAACAAGCCAACACCUCUUAUUCUGGAUGAGAAGGGAAGAACUGUGGAUGCAAGUGGCAAAGAGGUUGAACUCACACAUCGCAUGCCCACACUGAAAGCUAACAUUCGAGCGGUUAAGAGGGAGCAGUUCCGUCAGCAGCUGAAGGAGAAGCCUGGGGAGGAGUUGGAGUCCACGUCCUACUUUGACCAGCGUGUGUUUAUAACACCAGCUCAACGGCCUCGCAGAAGCUUCAAAUUCCAUGAUCAGGGACGCUUUGAAAAGAUUGCACAGAGGAUUAGAACUAAGGCCCAGUUGGAAAGGUUGCAGUGUGAGAUUGCCCAGGCAGCAAAGAAGACAGGAAUCCAGGCAUCCACCAAACUGGCCCUGAUUGCUCCGAAGAAGGAGGUUGGAGAAGGGGAGGUGCCCAACAUUGAGUGGUGGGACUCUUACAUCCUGCCCUCAAACAUAGACAUAACUGAGGACACAAAAUUUGAAAAGUUGGAGCUCUUUGGUGUAACCAACCUGGUAGAACAUCCUGCCCAAAUCCAACCUCCUGUUGACACAGAUAAGCCGGUCACGCUGGGUGUAUACCUGACAAAGAAAGAACAGAAGAAACUGAGAAGACAGACACGAAGGGAGGGCCAAAAAGAAGUGCAAGAGAAGGUUCGCCUAGGACUGAUGCCUCCACCAGAACCCAAAGUACGCAUCUCCAAUCUGAUGAGAGUGCUGGGGACGGAGGCAGUUCAAGACCCAACAAAAGUAGAGGCCCAUGUCAGAGCACAGAUGGCCAAGAGACAAAAGGCUCAUGAAGAGGCCAACGCCGCUCGCAAACUUACAGCAGAGCAGAGGAAAGAGAAAAAGGUCAAGAAGUUAAAAGAAGACAUCACUGAUGGUGUUUACAUUGCAGUGUACAGGAUCCGUAACCUGCAAAAUCCUGCUAAGAAGUUUAAAGUGGAGGCUAAUGCCAACCAGCUGUACCUGACGGGCACAGUCGUUUUGCACAAAGAUGUCAACCUUGUUGUAGUGGAGGGAGGCCCCAAAUCUCAGAAAAAGUUCAAGAGGCUGAUGUUGCACAGAAUCAAAUGGGAGGAACACAACAGUAAAAGGGAUGAUCCAGAUGGUGAUGACGAUACAAAGAGAAACAACAAGUGUUGGUUGAUUUGGGAGGGAACAGCUAAAGAGCGUAGUUUUGGGGACAUGAAGUUCAAGCAGUGCCCAACAGAGAGCAUGGCCAGAGAACACUUCAAGAAGCAUGGCACAGAACACUAUUGGGACCUAGCUCUCAGCCAGAGUGUGCUGGACACCACAGAUGACUGAAAUCUGCCUGGGGGAGCACGUAGUUUCAGUCAGCGCCAGACCACCCACCUAGCCCACUUCUCCUACAAGCCCCCAGACCAACAGCCUAACAGCCAGCAGACCAUCGCUGCUAGCUGGCUGCCUUCAAUUUGGGACAGACAAACUUAAUUGAGAGACUUGAACAUAGAAAAGGAGGAACAAUAAACUGUGUGGAUAUCUUUGUGGGAAUGUGUGACAGAUCGGAGUGUGUGUAGGACAGUAUGUGUUGUAUGCCUGCAUCAGUGUUAAUCUCUUUGGUGGUAGGCUCUUCUGUCAGAUAUUGUUAUCUAUUAUUGGAUAGAUUACAGUAUGCAAAUCACUUACCCAAGGCUUUAUGUGAUGAGAAACUGUCAGAUUAUGUUGUGACUGAAGUUUUGUGAUAAAGUCCCCAUGUACACUGAUAAUAACCCCUGUGUGAGUCAAGCAGUUAAUAAACACCACCCCAUCAGUAAAGACUGCACUGCUAUUGUGCUAACACAUUUAGAGUACACCUUUUUAUAAACAGUCUAUGGAGUAAACCUAGAAAGACACGUGGCUAAUGUUACAACGUUGUUUUAAGACAUGAUUAUUACAGGUACAUUAAACAGAAUUUGAAGCUCCCACGUGUAUUUUUUCUUUUCUGUUUGGAGAAAGAGAACAAAUCUUUGACUCACUUCUAGCUGUAUUUCUCUGUAAUAUUACAGUCACAGCCUUAAAUAAACA